AUGGGUGCGAGAAGUGACUGGGCUGAUGUUGGUCCUGAUAAUCCACGUGAAAUCUUUAUUGUAGCCGGUGUUCGGCAUACUGAACCUGUUGAUGUGUAUUGUAAGUACACUGACGAUGACUGGAAAACUACUCAGCAAGUUAAAGGAUGCUAUCGUUGUUAUAAUGCCGUCAAUGAAGAUAAAUAUCAAAUGAUUUUGGAACUAAAAAGGCGGGAUCCAGAUGAUUACAGUUUAUCAAAGUACGAAGGAACUAUUAAACUAGCAGUGUCUGCAAUACAGAGAGGUCAAGAGACUGUGGAUGACAAAGAUGGAGAAUAUUAUUCCUUUCCUGUGCGAGCGAACCGAAAUUGA